GAGGAGAAGGGACGCAAGAGAGAGCGGGGGGGGGAAGACGCAUCAAAAGAAAACAAAGCAAAUAAUAAUAAUAAUAAUCAUAAUAAUGACUCCUGUAAUUAACACUGCGUCUCUUUGCACAUCAUAAUGGCUCCCCUGUUUACCUACACAGUGACGAGCCGCCCCACAAAGUGUUCUCACAUGCUGCAGUGUACUCCAGCUUGAGAGAGAUGUCAUCUCCAGGCAUGGGCACCCCCACUGACCCCCUCUUGGUCAGUCCACGAGGGAGGUUAUCCUCAGCUCAGGAAGGCCUCUGGAGGACCUCGCUGCCCAAGACGGCCAGCUUUCCGACAUCCACCACAAGGCACCUCAGUCACAGAGCCAACAACUUCCAAAGACAGCCAAAGUGUAGGAAGCUGAUACGACCCUCACCACCUCCCCCACCCAACACGCCUUGCCCCCUGGACCAGCUGGACCUCAGCGAGCUUCCCCCCAGACGCACCUUCCAGGAGCUGCUCUUUAACGGCUGCAUCCUGUUCGGGAUUGAGUUCAGCUACGCAAUGGAGACGGCCUAUGUGACACCUGUGCUUUUGCAAAUGGGCCUGCCAGAUCAGUUCUAUAGCCUGGUGUGGUUCAUUAGUCCCAUUCUUGGAUUCCUUGUCCAGCCUCUUAUAGGAGCAUGGAGUGAUCGCUGCACAUCCCGGUUUGGGAGGAGGAGACCCUUUAUUUUUGCUCUGGCUGUAGGGGCUUUGGUCGGUCUCUCCCUGGUUCUGAACGGGCGAGACAUGGGGGGUGUCCUGGCCGACACAGCAUCAAAUCAUAAGUGGGGAAUCAUCCUGACGGUGUGUGGGGUGGUUCUGAUGGAUUUCAGCGCCGAUUCAGCUGACAACCCGAGCCACGCCUAUAUGAUGGAUGUGUGCAGCCCGGAGGAUCAGGAUCGGGGGCUCAACAUUCAUGCGCUACUAGCAGGACUGGGAGGAGGAUUUGGCUACAUUGUAGGUGGCAUUAACUGGGACCAGACACAGUUUGGAAGGUCCAUGGGGGGUCAGCUCAGGGUCAUAUACCUGUUCACCAGCAUCACUUUGGUGAUCGCCACCGGCAUGACUCUAAUGAGCAUUCCUGAAAGGCCGUUACCAAAGAGCCAACCAAACAGAAACUCCAGUAAGAACCAUCUGAAAAGCCCCAGCCUCCCUCUUCCUCCCUCUCCCCCUGUUCCCCCUGGAGCCGGUCUGGGGCUUGACGAGGAAGACGAGGACGGCCUUUACAGCUACAGCUUUCCCAAGUCUCAUCAAGGUAAUUCUGACCCCUUGGCUCAUUCCUGCAGUGCCAAUGCACGUCUCUGUGCCGGCCUCACCAGCCCUAUAUCGCCCCUGAGUCCCCUCACCCCAAAAUAUGGCAGCUUUAUAAGCAGGGACAGCUCGCUCAAUGGCAUCAAUGAGUUUGCCUCUUCAUUAGGAACCUCCUACAUAGACAGUGUGCUUAUAGACUGCUACACAGGUCAGCAGACUCCCCCAGCCAUGGCUGCAGGCUCCACCCCCGUGACCCUGCCUACAGGAGAAUCCCCUCAUUCUGAGGAGUCCCGGCAGAAGGCAGGUAACCCUCCUGCAGGGCAGAAUCAGGCUGAUGGGGGGUCUCAUCCAGCUGGAGAGGCUCAGGAGGCAGAGGGGCCUCAGACUGAGGGAGAUGAACAAACUCAAGACCCACCUCCGGGCACAACUGGGUCUCAGUCAGGGGCAGGGCAGCACUGGGGAUCCUCUUUAGGCAUCCUGAAGCGACCUCAGAGUCUGGCGCUGAUGGAGGAGCCCACGGCAACACAGAUUGUGGGGCUGGAGAACGGACGGAGGAGAACAGUGACUUUCAGCCAACAGGUUGCAAAUAUUUUGCUAAAUGGAGUACGAUAUGAGAGUGAUCUUAGUGAAAAUGUGGAGACAGGAGAAUCCCAAAUGUCCAUGAAGCUGCUGUGUAUAGCCAUCUACAGAAUGCCUCCAUCUCUGAGGAGUUUAUGCACUAAUCAUUUUUUGGGCUGGUUGUCAUUUGAAGGCAUGCUGCUCUUCUACACCGACUUCAUGGGCGAGGUUGUGUUUGAAGGAGACCCAAAAGCACCCCAUGACUCUGAUGCUUACCAACGCUACAAUGCUGGUGUCAACAUGGGCUGCUGGGGCAUGUGCAUCUAUGCAUUCAGUGCUGCUUUCUACUCAGCCAUAUUGGAGAAACUAGAGGAACGUUUCUCCCUACGCACUCUUUAUUUUUUUGCCUACUUGGCAUUUGGUUUGGGCACAGGCCUUGCGACUCUAUCCACCAACCUCUACGUGGUGCUUUCGCUCUGUGUCACCUACGGGGUGCUCUUCUCCUCUUUGUGCACGCUGCCUUACUCUCUGCUGUGUGAAUACUACCAGAGCCCUCAGUUUUGCGGCUCGUCCGAGGAGGGGACCAGACGUGGCAUGGGGGUGGACAUCUCUCUGCUCAGCUGUCAGUAUUUCCUGGCUCAGAUCCUUGUUUCUGUGGCGAUGGGACCUCUGACCUCACUGGUGGGCGGGGCUCAGGGGGUGAUGUACUUUGCAAGCCUGAUGUCAUUCGUGGGUUGCCUGUACUCCUCCCUCUGCGUGGUGUACCAGCUGCCCCCCCCUGAGGGUGAGCCCCCCGAAAGCGAGACCCAGCCGUUAUUGGCGCACAUUUAACGAAGCCUCUUCAUUCACUUUACCCUCACAAAAAAAAAAAAAAAAAUACACAGAACGGCAUGCGCUCCCAUACCAUGGCCAGGUGUGCGAGUGCGUCUACCUCCAUAGCUCUGAUAGUGACACAUCCUGCCGCACACUGUUUCAGCACAGCUUCAUAGAUUUCACACUAAUCAGCACUGCUCUUCUCAGAGCCAGACAGACAGACAGACAUUGGCCACAACUCCAAUAAGCAUAUACAUGACCAGUGUGUUCAUACAGUGUGUGUGCCCACUUUCUGCACACAAAUGUGACCUCUCUGAAUGUGUGUGUGUGAGACUGAGCAGAACUCUGCUUGUUUGUCUGAUUCUUUGCUGCAUCAUUUUGUUCUUGCUUGGUUUUUUGGUGUUUAGAAUAGCAGUGUGAAUCACUACGUGCUAGCUAACCACAGCCUUUUCCCUCUUUUCCUUCCUUUUGAUCAGUUGCCUAACAUCUGCAUGAGCUGCUGCAGUGUGGUCUCUCUCAAGGCCUUUUUGUUUUGUUUUUGGUCACAAGGCCAAAGGAAUGUCUACCUGCCUGUUUCUCUGAGUCAGAGUACUAACAUUACACUUCAGCAGGAUUUUCUUCACAAAAAGCGCUGCCAGUGGCUAUUCACACUGUUACAACUCACAUAAAACUAAGAGCUUUUUCAGGAAAAACAUAUUUAAUAUUCAUCAGAAUAUAUUGAACAGUGGUGGUCGGAGAUUUUGUGACUGACAGAAGUUUUUUUCCCAUGAACUUUAUUGCUUCAGUGUUGUUAGAUCUUGUAGCCAGAUGUUUACUGAAGUGCAAUAAUAAUCAUUUCAGAAGUUUCCAAGCAUUUUGAUGUGAAAUACAGGGGUUGGACAAUGAAACUGAAACACCUGGUUUUAGACCACAAUAAUUUAUUAGUAUGAUGUAGGGCCUCCUUUUGCGGCCAAUACAGCGUCAACUCGUCUUGGGAAUGACAUAUA